AUGGAUAUUAAUGCUGAGGUGUCAACACAACUGUCCUUGAUCGAUGCCCUGUUGAGCAACUUUGACAAAACAAUACCACCGAGUCCAGACAAAAAGAAUGAGAAAAAAGAGGAAGAAACACAGGAUGCAAUGCCAGACUCUACAACUAAUACUGAAAAGAGUAAUAUAAAUCCAUUCCACUGUGGAGAUGAUGUGCUUGUCCCAAACAAGGAUGGGAGAUAUUAUUUAGGAACAAUAGUAGAGUUGAGCACUAGUAAUGACAAUGAUUCUUGUGAAGUGGGAACAGGGGUUGCUAGAUGUCUGGUCAAAUUUGGGGAUGGGACUCAUGCGUGGGCGCCGGUCGCCACACUUAAAUUGCUUAGCGCCCCACCAGCUGACGAUGGUAGGAUUAUGUGUGUCGUGUGCAAACGGAGAGAGGGCCUGGCCUCUAGUCCCGCAACGAAUGCAAUUAUUGCCUGCGAUAUGUGUGGCAGGGGUUAUCAUGCUAAGUGCCACACGCCGCCUGUUGAUGCUUGGAUCAAUGGUGCAUCAUGGCACUGCAAGCGCUGCGUAGACCAACGGUACCGCGUAGCUGCAGCCGAGAAUCGCGCGAGCAAGCGAACUGACCUAUUCCGGUUCAAGGGCGGGCAACAACGGCGGCAACAGCAGGAAUUAACUCCACCUUGUGAUACCGCAUCAACAACUUCGUCGGCUGCGUCAGACGCGGGUAAAGACCAAAGCGAGGGACACUGCUACUGUGUAGAAAAAAGUGAUUGGUUAGCUCAGAUGUUAUUAUGCUGCCGAUGCUCCCGUUGGUUUCACCAAAGAUGCGUUUCAAGUUUACAGUAUCCUUUAUAUGCAGGAGAUAAGCUGUACAUAUUCGCGUGUGCGAAUUGCAAUGGCGGCACUGAGUUUCUUCGUCGUUUGGAGCUAUGCUGGUUAGACUUGGCGCAUCUGGCCCUUUACAACCUCACCGCGUACAACGCGCCUAAUUACUUCGACCUGGAUACAGUCAUCAUGCCGUAUAUCAUGGACAAUUGGCAUGCUUUGCAGCUUCCAGAGAAGAUGUGGCGGACGCCAGUUAACGAGAGAAGGGAGCGUAUUCUAACGGCCCUGACGUCCUCUCGUAAGCGUUUUAAGUGUGGUCGGGAGAUGAAGAAGCGCGCUACGAUUUGGGGCCUGAGAUUGCGCAGACCGCCGCCGCCGCCGUUACAGCUUUCUGCGCUGGAACAGGUUCAAAAAGGCGUUCCAUUAACGGAUGACAUGGUCCGUGAAUAUGCUCCAAAGUUACGGUUUCUGCCUCGACCCCCAUCACCUCAAACAGUCACAUCUCUAGAAGAUUGUUCCCUACCCUCUAGUAGCAACAAUGAAAAGAGUUCCUAUAAAAAUAACCAGCAUAAUAUGAUCGUACCUGUUGAUGGUCAUUGGCUAAAUCUGAUGAUGGGAAAGCGGUUUCAUGAAAAUCUUAACUCCAAUUCUGAAAACGACUCAACCAGUUCCUAUGAAUCAGCAAAGACAUGUGAACGGGAUGACCAGCCCUCGCCAAUAUGUACUUCUACGGAAACAAAAUCCGACACCAAAGAUCAUUUAGAAAAACUGUCCGAAGUCUUAUCAGAAUCGAAUGAAGCUAAGUCAACCUGUGAAACAGCUGAUCGACUGCCUCAGCUAGACCAAAUACCCAAAGAUGAGCCCAAUAAGGAUUGUACGAUCACUCACUCGGCCAAACUAGCUACGAUGAACCUGGAAGUGUCAAAGUUAUCCACAAAAAAUAUCAUAGAACAUUCCAAAAUUAUGUCCCUCCAACACAUGGACCGUGUACCAAUUAGUUUAAUGCCAGAAGAGUCUUCUGGAGACGAGACCUCUAGUAGAGGAACGUUAGAUGUAAUAAUACCACCCCUGAAGGACUUUCAAGGGAAGAACAACCCGUUUCUUAUGAACUCUCACUCUAAGCCCUUCACGUCGAAUAUGAAUGUGUAUAGACAAAAUGGAAGACUGAACUCACGCUUUUCACUGCCAAAUCAGUUAAACCCGUUGUUUGGGCCUGUUGUUAGGCCUAUGAAGAGAAAGCUUAGCGAAAAAGAUAUAGUAAUAGGACCCAACGGAGAAGUCAAGAGAAGAAAGUAUAGACGACCUAAGAAGCAUUUACAGUUACAGUUGAAUAAGUCAUGUCCACUGCCAGACGACGUAUCAAAAGUCGUCACCCCAACGGAGAGUGAAGUCCCACCGAGCGGAAACACAAACGCACACGGGCGAAGACUAAGACAGCGGCAGGAGAAAAAUUACUACGAAAAUUCACGACGAAACACAAAUAAUACUAGUAUCAAUAGUGUUAAAAGCCUCCAACUGAGCCCUCAUAAGGUGGACAGCGGCGCCUGCGCACCCGACGCUUUAUCCGCCCUAAAGUCAAGUGUCCAGUCGUAUUUUCGCGCAGGGCAAACGUUUCGUGUAUUAGCUCGCCGUAAUUCUCCAGGUCUUCAGCCCGCAUAUCUUAUCGAAUGGGACUCCACCUCAUAG